AUGGAAAUAAUUCGUACACGUGAUUUUCGUCGAAUAUUUCAAAAUAAAUAUGUUAUUUUUAUGGGUGAUUCAAAUAUGCGUUCUAUUUAUAAAGAUUUUAUACUUCUUUUACAAAAAAAUGAUCCAAUAAAUGAUUCUGAUCGAAAAGCAGGUGGAAAUAAAGAAUCUAUUUGUGGAGAUAUUUUACUUGAAGGUGGAAUUUAUAAAAAUUUAGCAAGUGGAAUUGAAUAUGAAGAAAAACGUGUAUUUAUGGCUAAUAUAUUUCUUGUUAAAUUUAUUUUUUUAACUCGAUGUCGAAAUGAUGUUACACAACGUAUAUUUGAAGAAUUUAAAAAAGAUUCAGAAAAACCAGAUCUUGUUGUUAUAAAUAGUACUUUAUGGGAUAUUAGUCGAUAUGGAGAAAAUGGUGAAAAAGAUUUUAAAAUAAAUCUUCCAUUAUGUUUUGAUGAUUUACGUACUGCUACAACACCAACAACAAUUAUUUUAUGGCUUACUGCUCUUCCAAUAUCAGCUGAACCAAGUGCAAUUGUAUUUGAUGAAAAAUAUCGACCAGAAAAUAAAUAUUGGCGAACACAAUUUCUUCAUAUAAAUGCUUUUUCAGCUGAAUUAGCUAAAAAGAAAAAUUGUGAAGUACUUGAUGUACAUUAUUUAUUUCGACAACAUCCAGAUAUGCGAGAUACUGAUGGAUGUCAUUGGAAUUCGACUGGUCAUCGAUUAAUUACAUCUUAUAUUGCUCAAACUGUAUCUCUUAUCUGGCAUGUACCAUAUAUUGAUCGUAAUGCUGUUGAUCAUAAAGAACGUGAACUUCAUGGAGUAUGUUAUCGAUUAAUUAAUGAAGAAAAUGAAAAUUUAGUUAAACGUACACUUACUGGAGAAACUAAUGAUGGUAUAACUAAUUUUGAUUUGAAUGCAUAUCUUGCUGAAUAUAUUCCAAUACCAAAUGAAACUCGUAAUGAAGAAAAUUCAGAUAGAAUCGGUACUAUAAUUGGAAAAUUAAAUGAAACAGAUCGACGUAUUCUUAAUCUUAUGGAUUAUUAUGAAAAGCAAUAA